AUGGAAAAAAUUCCUGAUCAAAUUGGUUACUUGGUUUUAACAGAGGACGGAGCCGUCCUUGAAUCUGGUGGGGAUUUGGAAAACGACGAACGUGUUGCAACAAUCAUAACUGAUCUCAUCACUUUAUCGAACAAGGUUGAUCCUUUAGCUUUUGGCCCUAAUGAACAAUUUAAGAAAAUAUCUAUAACAUACGACGAUCACUGGUUUGUUAUUUGCCUUUCAAAUAAGAAGAUAUACAUUGUAAAACGUAGUUUACCGACACAUGUCUAUGAAGGAAAUAAUGUUAUUGUUUAA